GGGGAAUAGUUUGGUCGGUUCAGUCGAAAGGGGUAAACGUCAGUUAUAUUGCUGAAGCUUUUAUCUGUAUUUGUUGUCAAUGCAGACUUGUUUAUUUGUUCAGUUUUUCAAUCGCAUUGUUGCGGACCGCAGCCACAGUAGCUGCGCCCGCGGACAUGUGUGUGAGAAUGAACGAAAUGGAAGACGAUGGUGAAGAGAAGAGCUGCAGUAUACCGAGCUUGGUUCCACUCGGUACUGAGAUCGGGGCCAAGAUGACGCAGCUUGUGGAGGAGAGGACCGAGGCCAACAUGGUAACCACCGACAGUCGAUUUCUGACUCCAGAGGUUUGACUGCGACUUUGGGCCUCAUUCACCAACCAUUAGGGAGACACACUGGUGGACGGCGGUGCUGAUCGGAGCUGCGACAGUUGUUUCUGUCGUUGGAGUUGUUGUGUUCCUUCUUUACAGAAGAUACAAACUGUCAAAGGAGGCCGGCGCUCCACACUAUCGCUUUAGGAAGAGAGACAAGGUGAUGUUCUACGGCCGGAAGAUCAUGAGAAAGGUCCAGACGUUGUCCUCAGCCCCCGCCUCUGCUUCAAACUCAGCUUCCCGUCAGAGAGUGAGGAAGAGGACCAAAGUCCUGUCGAUAGCUCGCAAGAUCCUGCGCAUCCGGAGGGAGCCCCCCACCCUGCAGCCCAAAGAGCCUCCUCCCUGCCUGCUGGAGGCUGACCUGACUGAGUUUGAUGUGAAGAACUCCCAUCUGCCCUCUGAGGUGCUGUACAUGCUGAAAAAUGUCAGGGUGCUCGGACACUUCGAGAAGCCUCUUUUCCUGGAGCUGUGUCGUCACAUGGUGCUGAUCCCGCUGCAUCAGGGAGAGCCGCUCUUCCGACCGGGUGACACCGACGACAGUAUUUACGUGGUUCAAGAUGGCCGCCUGGAGCUGUGCAUCCAUGAGAGUGACGGUACAGACGCUGUGGUGAAGGAAGUUCUACCAGGAGACAGUGUUCAUAGUCUGCUCAGUAUCCUGGACAUCAUCACCGGCUAUCCUGCACCUUACAAAACAGUGUCUGCACGAGCUGCAGUUCCCUCCACUAUCCUGCGUCUUCCAGCUGCAGCCUUUCAGUCGGUCUUUGAGAAAUAUCCUGAAACUCUGGUCCGUGUCAUCCAGAUCAUCAUGGUGCGUCUCCAGAGAGUGACCUUCCUUGCCUUACACAACUACCUUGGCUUGACCACUGAGCUCUUCAACCCGGAGAGCCAAGCCAUCUCCUUGGUGUCGGUGGCCCAUGUUCUGGGUGACGGUCAUCCACACAGAGGCCUCCGCAGGCAGCCUUCCCAUUCUGAUGACCUUGGCUCUGAAAAAGGUGACGCAGCAGAAAAGUCCAGCUUAUCCGACACGUCCACGUCUAAAUACAAGAAAUCUCGCUCUGCCUCCACCCCGCUGGCUGUUACAGGUGAAAUGUCAGCCGACCUCAAGAGAGUAUAUCAACGGGCUCAAGUUUCCAAAGAAGACGCUCUGCCUCCCGCUGUGAAGUCUAUCCUGAAGAAGACUGUGACCAUGCAGCCCGCUCCAUCUGCUGUUUACCACUACAGUGAUGCUGGAGGAGGAAACGUGCAGCAUAAUAAAGUGAACGCCAUUUUCCAAGCUGCCAAAAAGGAUCUGUUGCAGGUCAUCCAAAUGCAGAACCCCAGUCUGCUGGAGGGGAGGGUGAAUCUUCGACAAGUCAAAGCCGGUUCUGUUGUGGCCCACCAGGGAGACCAGGAUGUGAGCGUGGAAUUUGUCAUCUCUGGGUCGCUCCAUGUUUACCAGCGUAUGAUCGACCGUGAGGAGGAGACCUUGCUGUUCGUCACCCACCCGGGGGAGAUGGUGGGUCACAUGGCUGUUCUCACGGGGGAGCCCCUUAUCUACACUGUCCGAGCUCACAGAGACUGCACCUUCCUCUCCAUAUCCAAGGCCCACUUCUAUGAGAUGAUGCGCGAGGAGCCCAGGAUGGUGUUGAACGUAGCUCACACUGUGGUGAAGAGAGUGUCACCAUUUGUCAGACAGAUUGACUUUGCCCUGGACUGGAUGGCUGUGGAGGCCGGCCGUGCCGUCUACAGACAGGGGGACAAGUCAGACAGCACCUUCAUCGUCCUCAGUGGCCGACUGCGCUCUGUCAUUGCAAAGGAUGAUGGGAAGAAGGAGCUGGCUGGAGAGUAUGGCCGUGGGGAUCUGAUCGGCGUGGUUGAGGCCCUGACCCACAUGAACCGAGCCACCACGGUCCACGCCGUCAGGGACUCUGAGCUUGCCAAGCUACCUGAAGGGGCUCUGAACUCCAUCAAGAGGAGGUAUCCUCAGGUCGUCACCAGGCUGAUUCACCUGCUGGGACAGAAGAUCCUGGGCAACAUGCAGCAGGGCAAUGGACCCCUGGCUGCUCGAAGUCUUGCUCUCCACACGCCCACCAGCAAAUGGGAUACUGGAAAUCCAGCUUCCAACCUGUCUACCGUGUCUAUCCUGCCUGUGUCUGAGGAGGUCCCCCUCACGGCCUUCACUCUGGAGCUGCAGCAUGCUCUUAGUGGCAUCGGUCCGACUCUCCUCCUGACCAGUGACUUUAUCAAACAGCGCCUCGGCUCUGCUGCUCUGGACAGUGUCCAUGAGUACCGUCUGUCCAGUUGGCUCGGGCAGCAGGAAGACAUCCAUCGCAUUGUCCUCUACCAGUCUGACCCGAGCCUCACGCCUUGGACCCAGCGCUGCAUUCGCCAGGCUGACUGCAUCAUCAUCGUGGGACUGGGUGAGCAGGAGCCCACUGUGGGUGAGUUGGAGCGAAUGCUGGAGGGCAGUGCAGUGCGUGCUCAGAAGCAGCUGGUGUUGCUGCACAGGGAGGACGACCCGCCGCCCAAAGGGACGGCCGAGUGGCUCAACAUGCGGAGCUGGAUCUCCAGACACCAUCACCUGUCCUGCCCCCGCAGAGUCUUCUCCCGGAGGAGUUUACCUAAACUGAGAGAGUUGUACCAGCGCGUGUUUGAGAAGUCUCCAGAUCGUCAUUCCGACUUCUCUCGUCUGGCCAGGAUUCUGACAGGAAACAGCAUUGCCCUUGUGCUGGGUGGAGGGGGCGCCAGGGGUUGCUCUCAGAUCGGUAUCCUGCGGGCUCUGAACGAUGCGGGGAUCCCGGUCGACAUGGUGGGCGGCACCUCCAUCGGCUCCUUCAUCGGAGCGCUGUAUGCCGAGGAGAAGAACAACAGUCGCAUGAGGGUCCGGGCUCGUGAGUGGGCCAUGGAUAUGACCUCGUACUUUAAGAAGAUCUUGGAUCUGACCUACCCUGUUACCUCCAUGUUCUCUGGAGCUUCCUUUAACUCCGGCCUGAGCUCGGUCUUCAAGGCCAAACAGAUAGAGGACCUGUGGCUCCCGUACUUCAACAUUACAACCGACAUCACAGCUUCCUCCAUGAGGGUUCACACUGACGGUUCGUUGUGGCGGUACGUCCGGGCCAGUAUGUCCCUGUCUGGUUACCUGCCACCUCUUUGUGAUCCCAAAGAUGGACAUUUACUGAUGGACGGCGGGUACAUCAACAACCUGCCUGCUGAUGUGGCUCGCUCUAUGGGGGCCAAGGUUGUGAUUGCAAUCGAUGUUGGAAGUCGGGAUGAAACCAACCUGACCAACUAUGGUGACUCCCUGAACGGCUGGUGGCUGCUGUGGAAACGCUUCAACCCUCUGGCUGAGAAAGUGAAGGUCCUGAACAUGGCAGAGAUCCAAACCCGGCUUGCUUACGUGUGUUGUGUGCAGCAGCUGGAAGUGGUAAAAGACAGCGAUUACUGCGAGUACAUUCGGCCGCCCAUCGACCACUACGGCACACUAGAGUUCGGCAAGUUUGAUGAGAUCGCUGAGGUGGGAUACCAGCACGGAAAGACAGUGUUUGAUGUGUGGCAGCGCAGUGGCGUGGUGGACAGCAUGCUUAAGGACAGACAUCAGGAGGAGUUCCACAAGAACAACACUGGCCAUGUGGUUACCUGUCCGAACGCCUCCUUCACAGACCUGGCAGAGAUAGUGUCGAGGAUCGAACCUGUGAAGAAUGCCUCAAUCAAUGAGGAACUGUCUGAUGAAUACCAGACAGACUAUGAUGAGGAGGCGGUGGAAAGCGCUCUAUCUGACUUUGAGGCGUUCACUGCCGGCAGUGAACACACAGAAGGAGAGGAGACGGCAGACACUGCUGAAACUGACGAGGAAAUUCAAAUCCGAGUUCGACGCCGUCCGACUGCCCAGCAGAGACCGGCGCCAUGACACCCAUCAAAGCCAUGACUGCCUGUCAGAGCUGCUAAAGAUGGUCCACAACAAGCACAUUUCAAUUCAGUAUUUCUGGAAACCUUUGAUAGAUUCCCUGAGUUUGCAUUACAAACAUGUGGCCUGGACUCUCAUCCAAUGAGCAGCCAGGUAGCCUGCUCAGUGUCUUCCUCAGAGACACACAGCAGGAAACAAAGCAGUUGAUGGGUACAGUGACUCGUUGUUAGUUUAGAGUGAAGAGCCUCAAUGUUUCCUGUAACUUCUAGAUUUCAGUGGUUUAAACCGUUAAGUGCAUAGAAAUAGAACAGGAGUAGAAUGGACAUUCCCAUUCAGAUCAACGCAGCUGGAUGGUCGAAUCUGCGGCUAUUUCCAUGUAUACCUUUACGAUUGUGAGCGCUGUAGCAGGCUAACAUCCCUAUACACUAAACUGACUUAUGGUAAGUCACAGACUUAGUGAGGUGAGGUUAAUUAAUAAUAAUAAUAAUAACUUUAUUAAUAUAGCACCUUUAAAAACAGAGUUUGCAA